CAGAGAGUUCAGUCAUUCCAGAAGGAGAAGAGUUUUUACUUGGGUUUAUGAGUGAUAUAUUGAGAGAGUUCAAAAAAACCGUUCCCUCAGAAAAUGAUCAGAAUCAUGUGACUUUAGAUAAACCAGAUUUUCUAUCUAUGAAGCAAGACGAUGACAUAAUUCAAGAGGAAUUGCUUAAUAAAAAUCAAAUUGUAGAACAAGGCCUAAUACAUGAAUUAUGUGUACUCAUAUCAUCUGAAGAGAUUCUAGAUAAACAAGAUAAUGUCAAAAUCAUCAGCUUUUGCGUUAGUUUGGAGAAUAUGAUUUUAGGUUCUGCCUAG